AUGUUCACAAAGGAGAAGCUGUCGUACUGGGCAAAACGGCUUAAAGUCCCCGCCGACGAAGACGCGCGGUACAAGACCGACAUCUGGUGCAAUCGUGAUCUUAUUCCGAUCCCUAAGGAACGUCGAACAUGGGGCAUCUGGGGAUAUUGUGGCUAUUGGACCGUUUCGGGGUCCUGCGUUUCGGCUUGGACUAUUGGUAGCACUAUGCUUUCUUAUGGCUUGAACGCCCAGCAGGCCAUGGCAUGCAUCGCUGUCGGAGGUGUCAUUACCGGCUUGCUCGCAAUUGGCUGCGGGUGGAUGGGAGAGGUGCAUCACAUUGGCUUCACCGUCUCAUCCCGCUUCUCUUAUGGUAUGCGAGGCGCGUAUAUUCCAGUUAUUAUCAGAUACCUCCCAACGUCCCAACUUGCUAAGAACGACUUCAUCGGCUUCAUCAUCGCAUUGAUUCUUUUCGGAUUUCUUAUGCAAAAGCCUUUCAUCGCAUCAUUUACAACAUUCGUGGGCACUAUGUUCGGAAUGCUUAUUUGGGCCGUGCACGCGAACGGUGGCUCUGCCGGACCUCUAUUCAAGUCCGCUGCUACUACAGAUAACGUCGGCUGGGCUAUCAUGUAUGGAAUAACAGCUAUGAUCGGAUCCUGGGGUGCCGGAUGUCUCGGCCAGAGUGACUGGACAAGGUAUGCCAACAGACGCGGUGCCCCUACGCUUUCGCAAUUGAUUUUUGCUCCGAUAUUUAUCACUAUUACUGCCUUGAUUGGCGUCGUUGUCACGUCCUGCACCGUUGAGAUACUGGGGUUGGAGACGAUCAUAUGGAACCCCAUCGAUUUGCUUCCGGUCAUCCAACAAUUCUACGGCAACUCUUCCGGCGCGAGGGCAGCCGUUUUCUUCGCUUCGAUCGGCCUCGUUCUUUCACAGCUAGCCAUUACAGUGGUUCUGAACUCUGUAUCCUGCGGCAUGGAUAUGGCCGGCCUCGCCCCCCGGUGGCUGAAUAUCCGCCGCGGAGGCUACCUGAUGAUCAUCGUCGGUGUUCUCGUCCAACCAUGGACUCUGGUUGCAACUGCUCAACGAUUUUUAACCGUUCUGUCUGGCUUCAGAGUCUUUAUGGCGCCCAUGACAGGUGUUAUGCUUGCCGACUACUUCGUCGUCCGGCAGCGCAAGCUGAAGUUGAACGACUUGUACCGUGGGGACUCAACGUCAAUUUACUGGUAUAAUCGGGGAUUUAAUUGGCGUGGAUUUUCUGCAUUUGGCCUGGGUUCUGUUUUCCUUUUCCCCGGAUUUAUUGCCGCCGGAGGGGGGUACAGUAUCCCGAUUGCUUGGCUCAGGUUGUUUAACCUCACAUUCAUCCUCGGUACUGUCUUCUCAUUCAUCGCUUUCCUUAUUAUCAACUAUUUCUUUCCACCACCUGGUCUGGGUGAAGAAUCGCCAUUCUACCUCGAUGGAGCAGACGAUUAUGCGACAAAGGGUGAUUGGAAGGCGGAGAUUGGUGCAAAAGACGAAGAGUCGGCCUCGGAAGAGAAGGCAGCUGAAACGGAAAUUUCGGAAUUCCCGGUACUUUGA